AUGAACUGCCACUUUAUUCUUUACAGCUGGCUCCGUCGGCGCAUUCGCAAACAACACUCCCGACGUCGCCAGCCAAUAAUCGUAGUCCAACACAUUCCCACCCAACAGCAACUGACACCCACGUCCCAGCCCCAAUGGAGUCUCCGCCGCAUCAGCGUUGACGCUCGCCUAAGCAAAGAGCUCGGAGAAGCAGUCGGCUGCGCUUUCAAAAAAUACGCAGUCGACGACGACGAUACACCUGCAACCCCAGGCAAUCUCGUCGACGGAAAGCCCAACAUCUACCCGGACACACUCCCUUACGCUCCACCGUCACCCGACGAAAUGUACACGUCCACUCCACCUCCAACAACCCUCACGUGGAUAAUCCCGAGACCUUCCACCCCGCAUCCGAACUCAAUGGCCGUUCCCAUACCCCGUUCUCCCGCAAUUACAUCCGUAGCGCAUAUACAAGUGGACGAUGGAUCACCGGCGCCGCGUGAACGAAGACCGUUGCCUCCUGUACCGGGGUCAUUUGGGAGGGGGAACUUUGACGAGCGCACAUGUAUCUCACAUAGGAGGGAGAUACAACGCCCUCGGUCGUCGGCGAUGUUGCAUACCCAUAUCACCGCGGCGGAACCUACGCCGGCGCUCCUACUUGCCAGACGGUACUCGGUGGAUGAUCCUUUGUGCGUUGAGCGGGUGAAGGGGGCCGCAAGCAAUGGGUUUGGCAAGAAGAGUGGUGGACGUCACCUCGAGAAUGAUGAAUACAACGACGUGGGGGGCGGUAACGAAGUGACGACCCUUCCGACUUGCCCAUCACCGUUGAAGAAAGACAGCACUUCUACCAAAAUUCCCGUCAUUCCGCCUCCGUCUCCACGCAAAGAUACGGAUCGUAUAGAUGCAGACACGAACAAUAGCGAUACCGACGAAGCAAACAUCAGGGUCCUGGAAAGCUAUUUGGACGGAGCGGACGUGACACCAGCUGGUUCGAUUACCGAGGAGGUGACUUUUGUCAGAACGAAUGUCACCACAUCCCUCCCAUCGACCUGCACCGCGGAGUCAAGCGAGAGCACAACCAAAUCACAUCCCGAGACGCACCCAAUAACCUGGCGCGACAUCUACGCUGAUGAAUGGGGAUCUGUGCUCUCCGUCCUCAUCAAACAAGCCCGCCCCUCACAGGACUCGGACAAAGAUUCGAAUGACGAAGAUCUAGAGUUAGAUCUGCCUCGGACGGAGGGCAUGGAGGAUGAAAAGGCACCCUGGUUCUUGGAUGUUGGUGUGCCGGAUUUGAAGGGUGGGAGGGGGCCGAGGGAUGACUCGGAUCCUGAAGGGAAGAUGACUGUGAUGGACGGGAGGGAGACGGUGAAAAGGGAGUUAGGGGCUGCCGGAGUGUGA